AUGUCGAGAAGAGCCAUCCAGGUCGGUGGAGGUGCCCUCGCCGCCGGCGUGGGCUACUACUUCUACAAAGCAGGCGGCGACCCUCAAGCCGCGCAGAAGCGGAUGGAAGCCGACGCGACCAAAGCCUCCAACGAAGUGAAGUCCCACCUGCCCGGCAGCCCCAAGGAAGCCAAAAAGGACACCGAAGUAGUCGGCGCCGACGUCUCUGCCAAAGCGAACCAGAUGGCCAAGGAUGCGCGUAAAGAGGUCGACAAGGUCGACGGCCGCCUCGACCAGUACCGCGCGAACGCCGAGGUACAGAUGGAUCAGGCGGCGAAGAAGACGGGGAAUGAGUUGAAUAAGGCGGUGGAUAAGUUUGACAAGGGGGUUACUGAGGGCGCGGACAAGGCGAAGUCGGGCAUUUCAAGCUGGUUUGGUGGAAGCAAGUAG